CCCGGCCGGGGCCCCCGAGGGCCGCCGCUGACCAUGCCCGGGCGCCGGGGGGCGCUGCGCGAGCCGGCUGGCUGCGGCUCCUGCCUGGGGGCGGCGCUGGCCCUGUUGCUGCUGCUGCUGCCGGCCGGCUGCCCGGUGCGGGCGCAGAACGACACGGAGCCCAUCGUGCUGGAGGGCAAGUGCCUGGUGGUGUGCGACUCGAGCCCGUCGGCGGACGGCGCGGUCACCUCCUCCCUGGGCAUCUCCGUGCGCUCGGGCAGCGCCAAGGUGGCCUUCUCCGCCACGCGGAGCACCAACCACGAGCCGUCCGAGAUGAGCAACCGCACCAUGACAAUCUACUUCGACCAGGUAUUAGUAAAUAUUGGCAACCAUUUCGAUCUUGCCUCCAGCAUAUUUGUAGCACCGAGAAAAGGCAUUUAUAGCUUCAGCUUCCACGUGGUCAAAGUGUACAACAGACAGACCAUCCAGGUCAGUUUGAUGCAGAACGGCUACCCAGUGAUCUCAGCCUUUGCAGGGGACCAGGACGUCACCAGAGAAGCCGCCAGCAAUGGUGUCCUGCUGCUGAUGGAGAAAGAGGACACCGUGCAUCUCAAACUGGAGAGGGGCAACCUCAUGGGAGGCUGGAAGUACUCCACAUUCUCGGGCUUCUUGGUUUUCCCUCUAUGAACACAGACCCCCCAGACGGUGGGGAAGUUGCGAUCUGGACCCAGGCGUCUGCCCUUCCGAACACCCUGAACUUGCCAGGACAAGACCACUUGGUUCCAACCUCCUUCAGACUGUUGAGGUAGAAGAAUGAUUUCCUUCUAAAUCUCCAGUAUUUUCUUUGCAUAUCGGCCACUCCUCGGGAACCUGGCUUCUAAUUAGUUUUAGACGACGAGGUCUUAAGGAGAAACGAAUUUAUCGAUUUGAGCAAUUUGUACCUGUGAUCGUAAAGUCAAUACUGGAUUUUAUUGUCGGGGCCGUUGACUUCUCUUCCUUUUGUUUGUACGUUGUAUUGUUGCCCCACGCGAGGAGUGCCGUCGAUCUCCAGGAUGGAUUGCAGGUCGCAGGCGGGACUCAGAGCAAGAGCCCCACGAAUCACCACCGGCCGGAUAGUCCUUGAAAUGUGUUCUUUGUGUGUCUGUUCCGCCUUAAGGAAAAGAACGGCUUCGCUUUCAUUCUGUAUUUGCCCCCGGGUGGACGGGAGGCCUCGGGAGGGGGAAGGGGACAUUGUGAAUCUGUCAAGAAGCGCUUUAUCCGGAGAAGCAAAUUUUGCACGAUGGGACUGCGACUUUGGCUUUGUAUUGUUUACGUGUGUGUGUGGGGUUUUUUUGGUUGUCGCUGUUCUUUUUUUUUUCUGGAAAAGCUUUGCUUUCUUUCCACACUCAGCUCUCCCUCCUUACCCUUACUUCUAUUUUUCGUCCUGGGAUGGGGGAGAGAAACGUAUGUCGAUUUCUUGAAUGAGACCAAACAAACAAAACAGAAACAUACCUGUGUAUUUUGUUGUGGAUGAGACCGCACCAAACAGAAGGUACCCGUAUCUCAGAGUCCAAGUGGCAGACGGACAAUUCUGCUUCUUUCAAAGAGAUUCUCUCAGAUGCACCUUUAGAACUAACCAGCUGGAUUGUUGGUUUUUUUUUUCUUUCUCUCUCUCUCUCUCUCUUUUUUUUUUUUUUAACACUCUGGAAUACUUUAACAACUUGAUGUUCCUGGGUGGCCUGAAUCACAUAAGAGAAGCAUGGGAGCAUAAUGACCGAGUGUUCUAAACACACGCUUCCUUGGCCCAGCGUGCUUCGGUCUUCCCAGCUGCCUGUCUUCAUCUGUCUGUGUCCACCCCUCCAUGAGUGCAUCCGGAUCAGGUGUUUCAAAGCCAGCAGGACGGGCUACUCCCCUCCAGGAUCCUCCUCUGAUCCACCAAGGAAAGAGGCGUGUUGACACUCUCUGGGAGCACCUGGCGAGAAGCCACCUGGAAGUCACAGUGGUUACAGGUAUUGGCAGAGGCACCCUGGGAGCAGUUUUGCAAAGCCUUCCUGUUUGGGCACCUUGUACAACAAUAGUGUUAAGACUCGGCUGGGAGAUGAUGGGUGCAGGGUUCAUAGGCCAAGGAAACGUUGCUAAUCCCAAAGCAAUCCAAGAAGAGACCUCACAGCGGACGUUAAUUUGUCUUUUGUGUAACACUGUAACCAAAAUAUUGAUGAUAAAAAGUCAUAAUUUAAGAUUCAGAAUAAAUGGGUUUGAUGUCUGGCUUGCUCUAACGCCUUCCAAUUGUCUCUCGACUCCUAAAAUGUAUGCAAGCGAAGGCCAAGGAUGAAGGACUCGGGGAAGGGAAAAUGCACACCGUACCUCUUGAAAACACACACUCCAAUGCACACUCCCAUGUGGAGAUCUAGCCGUGGGUCUAGAUGGAGACUGCACACUGAAAUACAUUUCUAUUUAUACAUAUGUAUUUGUCACCCAGGAGGGUUUUGGGGAGAGAUAUUAUGGGAACCAGACAGCUAAUGCUUUAUGGGCAGGCAGUCUGCUUUUAUCACAUAGAAUUCUUGAUGUGGUACAAGGUCCAAUCCAGUAUUGCAGUCAGAGGGCAUGGGUCUAAAAGAAACUGACAUUUCAAUAUGGCAUCAGUUGUUUCUAAGAUCGGUAUGAACAUGGGGAAACAUUGGCUUCCAUUUUCAAACAAUAAAUGCAGUGAGGAUUAGAGAAAUGAAAAAAGUAUACUUUGAUGAAGGCUCUACGUUUUCCUGGUCUUAGAUGGACAGCAUAAUAGGAUACUCAAUAAUCUAAUUAAUUUGAAUUGAAAUGCUAUCACAUUUUGUUAGGAAAAAAAAAAAAAAUCAAGAAACAUCAACCAAACAUCAUUUUGGGUAUUUUGGCUCUGUGAUUAGGAGACACGCUUCUAAGUACGGGCGUUGUUUAUUAAUGCUGAUAACACCAACAGCUCGAUGCUAGCGAAUAUUUUUCAUCUGUGUCUUACUGCCUUUGGUGAGUUAGUCCUCUGGUCCCUCAUUUUUUUCAACCUUCUGUUCAGUGGUCAGUUUCAAACAAGCAGCAAACUUCAUUAGCGGAUCAUAUCACCCUUUGGAGAUUGAAAAAUAUAUGAGUACUUGUUAUUUUUAUUGCUUACUAAAAUGUAACGCAUAUAUUUGUUUGUAUUUACAGCUUUACUACAUACAGGUUGUUAUUUGGUUAUGCUGUCUAAUAAAUAAGUUAUUGAAUCGA